UCUGAUAGGUUACAUCUCACGUCGCUCAUGAAUUAAUAAGUUGACUCCACCGUGUAGCACCAAGAAUUGCGUGGCAAUAUUUAAAAAAAAAAAAAUUUGCCUGAUAAUUAUGAAAAAUUUUACAACUCGGAUUUGCGUGAAUCUUCAGUGAACGAAUCGAAGUGAAGGCAUGUUCCAGGAGUAUUAUUCUUAGGUUAUGCUGGACAAAAGUAAACAAAUAUAUUUAAGUAUGCUGUGAGCUAUUUCUCGUUUGAUUUUGGCAGUAUCGUCGGGACCAACAUUCGUGGAUAAUUUUUGUGCUGUUAUCUCGGAUUUUCCCAACUGGGAAUCCCAUCGAUUUGUGAAGUUUAUGCCAGUGACUCUCUCCGUGAUCGACAUGGAAUAAGGAGUGUAAAAUCAGAUAGUGCGAAGGGUUUCAUUUUAAACUGUGUCGGUCUCUGCAAAAAUCUCUCUCGAUACUCCGAGUUUCCACAUGGAUCGAUUUUCGUGAAAAACAUCGUAACUUGAAAGUAAUAGCCGAGCUAACUUCCGACAUUUCUUGUGACAAUUUAGGAUUAAUUUUUAUCAACCCCGGCUAAAACCGAAUUUUUCAAAUGUAGAAAAAAACUGUGCGCACCCGUCCAGACUUUACCCGAGAAUUUGAAAUUCUUUCAGAGCGUAUGCGUGCAGGAAGAGAAGAUCUCUAACAGAGACGUCUUCGUGUUUUAUGCGAUUUACCUACUCUAGCCAGGGUAGAAUCUCUCGAAACCAGACAUAUUUGUAUAGACUUCGCCUCUAAUUGUAGAGUAGCGGUCGUGGAGCCAACUGUGCGGUGCACACGGCACUUUUUUACGAAUUUUUGUCAGAACCAAAUCGUGCGUCAGAAACCAGCGCGCAUUUGUCCGGACUUAACCGUCAGGUUCGAAACCCUCGCGAAGAAGGAGGGUCGGUGACAGAGCCCCCUGCUAGGUGAACACGACGCAUUUUAACGUACUCAGGCUAGAUCCAAACUAUCUUGAAUAGAGAAAAACUAGUCGGAACUUUAGUCGGGGCUUUGAGACUAAUUUUAAGAGAUCGUUCGUGGAGACGACCGGGAGUUAUGCAUCCCGCGUGACGCAUGAGUUCCCUGAGCUUCUUCGAGCGUUACUCCCCACCGGCCCCGGAGGCGGCGGCUCCCGGAGCCUACUCCGGCGUCUGCGCGCCGUCACUCUUCGGCUCGGCGAAGUUCGUGAGCUGCUACGGCCUGCUCGGCCUCUUCAUCGCGACGCUGGACAUAGUGCGGAUCCUCCAUGGCGGGCCUUACCUCCCGGAGAAGCUGUGGGGUCGCGUCCGGAAGAGCCACGCCGUCCACCCUCGGCUCGAGCGGGACCUCAAGCUCAUGGUCUCCGUCAUCGAGGUGGAGCACUACACGCUCAUGAUCCUGGGCGCCUUGAACGCCAACCCCGUCCUCCUCCUCCCGUGGCUCCUCCUCCAGUUCCUCGUCAUCAUGUUCCAGUGCUUGUUCUACCUGGCCCGGCUCUUCAUCAACGGGGUCUUCGUCAACAAGAGCGAGGUCCUCACCACCGCCUUCAUGGUCCACAACUGGCUCCACGUCUUCUGUCUCUUCCAGAAGCAAAUCGCCGAUGACGCCUCUUGAGCCCCUCUUCAUCAUUGGCGGAUCCAGCAACUCGGCAACAUCGCUUUCUCUUUAUUUAAACCUAUGGAAAUGUAUCGAUUUUUGGAGGGGUCAGAUGCUCCGACAAAAAUCGAUUAUUUAGCGUAGGUUUAAAUGGAGGAAAUCCGGUGAUGCCAAAUUGCUGGAUCCGCCUCUGGUCUUCAUUCUUCACAGUGGUCAUUCUCACGAGAUGUCCGCGGUUUUCCCUCCUCUUAAAGUCAUUUAAAAUAUGAAAAUCAGCAGGCUGAUCGUUGAAAUUGGUAGACAAAGCGAUGGACGAAAAGGACAUGGAGGGAUCCUAUUGGUGGAUACGGGGAAAAAAAAUUAGGUAGCAUUUCCCGUCUUUGGUUAAUAAACGGCACAACCAAAGAGUAUGGUAACUCUCAUCAAAAUUAGCUUGAAAGUAACACGAUUUUUCCUUAUUGCGACAGUAAUUUUGGUGGAAAUUAUCACACUGUCUGGUUGUGCCGUUUUUUAACCAGAGUAUGGUAAAUGCUUCCUAAAUUUUUUCCGUGCGGGUGUUUGCAAUGGACAAAGGUGGUAGGAAAUGGACUAAGAUGGCAACCAACGAAAGACCCUUUAGUUAGUCCAUCAUUUUCUCCUUUAGUCCAUAAGAACUGCCAAAAUCAACCAAUAGGAUCGCUGCAUACUCCUCAUAUCUUCUUUGUCUAUAUCUUUGUCUAUCAAUUUCAACAAUCAGCCCGCAGGAGAGGCGGCUUGCCUCUGGUAGGACCAAUUAUUGUACAAAUGUUGCAUGCUGAGUGUCGUAUUCAUAGUUGUUUCUUGAACAUUAAGACACCCUUAGGCUAUGAGAAAUGCAUUGGUUAAAGGAGCCUUAAUAUUUAAGGAACGACUACGAAUACGACCCUAAGGGUUGAAUUCGUUUUCGCACCUGUUCGAAAAUCUUGUUUCCACACAUGAAGGGGCUAAUGUACGAGAAAUCUUGAUGUAUCCCUCCUUAAAAUAAAUUGACUCUUGUAUAUUUUUAAUAAAACUCUAACUUCA